ACCGUUGAAGGUUUGAAUCAGUUUGAAUGUUUUCAAUAUGAAGUGUCGUUGUCAACAUAAACAAUUAUCGCAAACAAUUAUUAUUGUUGUUAAAUAAUUAGAUUAAAAAUAAAAAUAAAUAUUUUUAAAGUAAACAGUCUUUGAAGAAUAAAUAAAAAUGAGAAAAACUUCAACAGGACGUAAAUCGUCUUUGAAUCCUAUCAGAGUAUCAAUGAUGGAUCGAGAUGACAAAAUUCGUUCAGAACCCAGAGUAUCAAAUAUUGGAAAACCAAAAGUACUCUCAAGUAAUGACGUUAAUUCGCAAAUACCAAGACCUAGGAUCAGAAGUGCUUCGUCUGAUCGUGGUAGCAUCAGACGUUCUAAUUUAAAACCUCCAAGUAUUCUAGGUAAAGCAUCUCUUGGAUCUCAUAAUCAAUUGACGACUCCAAUAACACCGCGAGUAAGUUCCAACAAACCCUAUCUAGAUUUACCGUCAGGUCCUAGAGGAAGAUCGCCAUCAGCUGAACGUGCUAGUGGAUUAAACAGCAAUAAUUCAUCAAAGAAAGACACUAGGCCUUUGAAUGAUAAGAAUUUUCAAGGACAAAUGCUCAAUAGAAUAGAUACUUUUUUCAGCAAUGCUCAUCAGUCAUCAAUUCUUAAUUCUAAUGGCAGUUUAAGACCAGUUUCUUUAAAAAUUUUCGUAUCAGCAUCAGACUUUUUAUUAAAAUUUCUUCACGUUAAACAGGAAUUAAAUUCAAAUAAUUACAUGGAAGAAUUACCGAAGAUUGCUAAAAAAAUUCAUUAUCCGGGUACGAUGGCUAAAUCUUGGUUAAAAACAGCAAAUACAAUGCACUCUUGGCCCCAUGUACUUGGUUGGUUGUCUUGGCUCGUUGAAAUUUGUGAAGCCAAAGAUGUGGCUUUUGAAAAAUUUCAAUUACACAGUUUACCGUUUGUUGAUGCUGAGGAAAGUGAAAUAAUAAAUCGCAAUAAAUUUACAAAGCUAUUGGAACUUUAUAUUGCUUGGAAUGACGGACAAGUUGAUGAAGAAGAAAAAUUAAUUAAAAAAUAUGCACAAGGUAUUGCUGAUGAUUUGGGUUGUAAUGAAGAUAAUAAACAACGUGCUGAAGAAGAAGCUGAGGAGGCACAGAAAAAAUCUGAUGAGUUUGAUAAACAGUACGAACAGGUUUUGAGAAAGUUUGAAGAAUCUAAAGAAAAAGUUAAAUUGUUAGAAGAGGAUGAACUUAAACAAACAGCUUAUGAAAAUGCUCAGAUUGAAUUUUCUAAAAAUGAAGAACUUAAAAUUGAAAAAUUACAAAGUGAUGUUGAACGUUUAGACAAAGAUAAAGAUAAAUUAUUAAAGAAACUUGAUGACCUUAAUCAUUGUAUUAAAUCUCAGUUGAUGACUGUUGAAGAGCAUGACGAAAUAUUAAGAAAAUGUUCUGAGUUACAGAAAUAUUUGCAUACAUUCAAUGAACAUUUAGAAGAAUUGCAGAAAGAAGUUUGGACACUUGAUAUGAAACAUUCGAGUAUGCUCGACAAAUUAAAUUCAGCUGUUUUGGCUUACAAUAAAGAUAUUGUUGUUAAUCUAUCAGAAAAGGCUGAUCAGUUUACUUUACCACGUACUUCGCUUAUUGAUUUUAAAGUCAUAGAUGAAUUUAAACCAAAGGGUGAAGCUAUAAAACAUUUAAAUGAAAGUAUGACGAAACAAAUGAAUGAAUAUAAAUCAAUGAUUAACUCACACAAUAAUCAGUUAGAGUCUUUGCAAGAGAAAAAGAAAAUAAUGGAGCAAGAAAAAGAUGAAAGACUGUCAAAGAAUGAUGAAAGAAAAAUUUUGAUUAAAAAUAUUAAAUUACGUGCUAAAAUGGAUGAAGCUAAACUGCGUGAUUUAAAUAAAAAAUUUGAAGAUGAAAUAAAAGUAAUUAAAGAAUCGAUUCCAGAUGUUGAGGUUGAAUCCAAUGAACUACAAGAAGCUCAAGAAAAAUAUGAAGCUGUUGAAAGACGCCGAUUAUUUAUAGAGAUGUCUGCUGAAAGAGUCUUUCAUAGAAUUUAUGAAGUGUUUGCUAAUGAAAAGAACGAUUUCUAUAAAAUUAUUGAUAAAAUUAGAGGACUUUAAAUUUUUUUAUUAUUGCCGACUUUUGAUUUUUAAUUUCUUAUGUAAACUAUUUUAUUGCUUUUGUACUGUAAAAAAAAAAAAAAAAAAAAAAAAAAGAAUGUAAAAUUAAAUAUCUUAAGCAUUGAACGCCAUCUAAUUUUUUACCGGCUCCAU